CAGUAGAAUAUAUUUUGUUGUUGAUUCAGUUGCGUCUCGUCUCGUGUGCCGUUCUUUGCGUAACGUCAGAUCCGUUGUAAUAUUAUUUUUAUUUUUGAAUAUAACUUGGCAACAUGGUAUUGAUAAAGGAAUAUCGCGUUUGCAUGCCGCUAACUGUGGAGGAGUAUAAAAUUGGACAGCUGUAUAUGAUUGCGCGCCACAGUCUGGAGCAGUUUGACGAAGGGGAAGGUGUCGAGGUGAUGGAUAACAAGCCCUGCGAAGAUCCCGUUCACGGCAAGGGACAGUACACAGAGAAACGCAUACACCUGUCCAGUCGGCUUCCAUACUGGAUACAGGCCAUUUGUCCGCGCGUUUUCUACGUGACGGAAAAGUCAUGGAACUAUUAUCCCUACACGCUAACAGAAUACACGUGCUCCUUCAUACCCAAAUUAAAUGUUUUAAUCAAGACCAAAUAUGAGAACAACAAUGGCAGCACCGAGAACUGCUUAGAUCUCAGCGAGGAAGAGUUGAAGGCGCGUUCAGUAGACCAUGUGGACAUUGCAUUUGACGAGUUCAGUGGCAAACAUUAUAAACGCGAAGAGGAUCCAAAGUUCUUUAAGUCAGAGAAGACAAAUCGUGGUCCACUUAUCGAGGGCUGGCGUGAAACUGAUACUCCUAUUAUGUGUUCCUACAAGGUGGUGCUGGCCAGCUUCGAGGUUUGGGGUCUGCAGACCAAGGUGGAAGACUUCAUACAGCGUGGCAUUCGGGAUAUUUUGCUUCUCGGCCAUCGCCAGGCCUUCGCUUGGGUGGAUGAGUGGCAUGGCAUGACCCUGGAGGAUGUACGCGCCUAUGAGCGACAAAAGCAAGCGGAAACUAAUGAGAAGGUUCAGUACAAUGCGAAUCCACAAGUAGCCAAGGAUAAUGACGCUGCCGCCAAUGGUAGUACAACGCCCACGGAUGGGGGCGACUCUUAGAAUAUUGUUUAAAUGACAGCUAGUUGAAUUUUUGUGAAUGUUAUACCAAAUUAUUGCCAACAGGGCCGGCAGACAGUUUUAACCUAUAGCUCAAUAAGAUAAUGUUAUGGGACAUUGCGAGCUUACAAAUUUCUCAAGUCGUAGCCAUAGAAAGUACACAUAUAUACUACAUAUAUAAAUGGUCCAAAUAAGCUCAAGAUACUAAAUCUGACUUGCAGAUAGACAUAGAAACAAAUAUGAGUACUACUCGUAACCAAAAAAGAAAAACAUUAUAUUUAUGAUUUGCAUACUGAUAUAUUUAUGUGGGCAACUAUUUUAGGUUUGGUUUUUGUUAACUAUUCUCUUUAGUUAUUUGAUAUGUAUCCUCGUACAUAAUACGCAGAAGCUGUAGAUUUAAAUGCGCUGAUGACUUAAAUGUACAAAUACAAAAUUAAAAAUAAACGAACGUAAUUUGUGUAAGUAGUAAA